GGGAAAAUGCCAAAGAAGUACUAGAUAACCAUAUCGGAUUCCCAAGAGAAAAAGCCAAGUUUGCUAGCGAUGUUUAUUUGUAUGCGGCAGUGGAAGAUGGUAAAUAUAAAUCGGAGAAAGAAAUUUUUUGCUAUGACGGAAAACCAGGCACAGGAAAAACUACUUUUAUUAAGAUGCUUAAUCGGGCCAUGGGACGGGGAGAAUUACAAAUUAUUUCUGGUUGCAAAAACCCAAUUAUCCCCCUAGACGAAUUGGAAAAAAUUAGUGACGAGCAAGUGCAAAGAGAUUUAAUUGAAUUGUUUAAAAUGUAUAAGAAUAAAGGUGAAGGAAAAAGUAAAAAAUUAUUUGAUAAAUAUUACCAGAUGGAUAUUGAAUUAGAUUACAUUACUUUUUUUGCUACUGUUAAUUACUCUGAACAAUUAGUUCCAGCCUUAAAAAAAGAAGUAGAAAUGCGAAAACUAGAGGAUUAUAGCGACGAGGAUAAAGAAAAAAUCUUGGAAUUGAAAAAAAAAGAUAUAGAAGAUGAAAUUAAAAAGAUUUAUCCAGAUGAAAAAAAGGAAAUUAUCCCCAAGGAAAUUAUUGAAAUACUGCCUAAAUAUAUUAAUGAAAAAGGAAUAAGACAGACUGAAAGAGUGUUAUUUAAAAUAAAAAAGGAAUAUAUUUAUGCUCGAGAAAAUGGGCAUGAAUUUUCUUUAGGAGACCCAAAAGAAUGA